CUCCGCUUCACAACACAAACAUUCUCUCCAUUGGUCCUUAAACACUCAUCAGUCAUCACCAUGGCCAAGCUAGUUUUUUCCCUUUGUUUUCUGCUUUUCAGUGGCUGCUGCUUCGCUUUCAGUUCCAGAGAGCAGCCUCAGCAAAACGAGUGCCAGAUCCAAAAACUCAAUGCCCUCAAACCGGAUAACCGUAUAGAGUCAGAAGGUGGGUUCAUUGAGACAUGGAACCCUAACAACAAGCCAUUCCAGUGUGCCGGUGUUGCCCUCUCUCGCUGCACCCUCAACCGCAACGCCCUUCGUAGACCUUCCUACACCAACGGUCCCCAGGAAAUCUACAUCCAACAAGGUAAGGGUAUUUUUGGCAUGAUAUACCCGGGUUGUCCUAGCACAUUUGAAGAGCCUCAACAACCUCAACAAAGAGGACAAAGCAGCAGACCACAAGACCGUCACCAGAAGAUCUAUAACUUCAGAGAGGGUGAUUUGAUCGCAGUGCCUACUGGUGUUGCAUGGUGGAUGUACAACAAUGAAGACACUCCUGUUGUUGCCGUUUCUAUUAUUGACACCAACAGCUUGGAGAACCAGCUCGACCAGAUGCCUAGGAGAUUCUAUCUUGCUGGGAACCAAGAGCAAGAGUUUCUAAAAUAUCAGCAGCAGCAGCAAGGAGGUUCCCAAAGCCAGAAAGGAAAGCAUCAGCAAGAAGAAGAAAACGAAGGAGGCAGCAUAUUGAGUGGCUUCACCCUGGAAUUCUUGGAACAUGCAUUCAGCGUGGACAAGCAGAUAGCGAAAAACCUACAAGGAGAGAACGAAGGGGAAGACAAGGGAGCCAUUGUGACAGUGAAAGGAGGUCUGAGCGUGAUAAAACCACCCACGGACGAGCAGCAACAAAGACCCCAGGAAGAGGAAGAAGAAGAAGAGGAUGAGAAGCCACAGUGCAAGGGUAAAGACAAACACUGCCAACGCCCCCGAGGAAGCCAAAGCAAAAGCAGAAGAAAUGGCAUUGACGAGACCAUAUGCACCAUGAGACUUCGCCACAACAUUGGCCAGACUUCAUCACCUGACAUCUACAACCCUCAAGCCGGUAGCGUCACAACCGCCACCAGCCUUGACUUCCCAGCCCUCUCGUGGCUCAGACUCAGUGCUGAGUUUGGAUCUCUCCGCAAGAAUGCAAUGUUCGUGCCACACUACAACCUGAACGCGAACAGCAUAAUAUACGCAUUGAAUGGACGGGCAUUGAUACAAGUGGUGAAUUGCAACGGUGAGAGAGUGUUUGAUGGAGAGCUGCAAGAGGGACGGGUGCUGAUCGUGCCACAAAACUUUGUGGUGGCUGCAAGAUCACAGAGUGACAACUUCGAGUAUGUGUCAUUCAAGACCAAUGAUACACCCAUGAUCGGCACUCUUGCAGGGGCAAACUCAUUGUUGAACGCAUUACCAGAGGAAGUGAUUCAGCACACUUUCAACCUAAAAAGCCAGCAGGCCAGGCAGAUAAAGAACAACAACCCUUUCAAGUUCCUGGUUCCACCUCAGGAGUCUCAGAAGAGAGCUGUGGCUUAGAGCCCUUUUUGUAUGUGCUACCCCACUUUUGUCUUUUUGGCAAUAGUGCUAGCAACCAAUAAAUAAUAAUAAUAAUAAUGAAUAAGAAAACAAAGGCUUUAGCUUGCCUUUUGUUCACUGUAAAAUAAUAAUGUAAGUACUCUCUAUAAUGAGUCACGAAACUUUUGCGGGAAUAAAAGGAGAAAUUCCAAUGAGUUUUCUGUCAAA